UUAAUGGGCUAUCCAAUGUACGGGCGACCCCAACUCGUAGGCGGGAGUAUGCCGGAGCUCGUUACGACGUUACGCAUCAUUCCCGUGAUUUGACUGAGAGCUAGAGAGCCGGGGAGAUGACGGUUUCUGCAGGUAUAGGAUACGCGUUGAUCGCCCUGGGUCCGGCUCUAUCUCUCUUCGUCAGUGUCGUCGCCUCCAAGCCCUUCUUGGUACUAACCGUCCUCUCCAGUGCACUUUUGUGGCUUGUGAGCCUGAUCAUCUUGUCUGCAGCAUGGCGAGCCUUUCUUCCUCUAAAAUCUUCAAUAUGGCUACAUGCAACUCUUCUGAUCACCUCGGUCAGUCUUCAGGAAGGAUUCAGGAUCUUUUUCUGGAAGAUGUAUAAAAGGCUUGAAGAUAUCUUGGAUGCUUUUGCUGAUAGAGUAUCAAAGCCUCGUCUUUUCUUAACUGAUAAGAUGCAAAUUGCUCUUGCUGGUGGUUUAGGUCAUGGAGUGGCCCAUGCAGUUUUUUUCUGUCUGAGCCUUUUGACACCUGCUUUUGGUCCUGCAACAUUCUAUGUUGACAGCUGUCCUCAUAUGCCAUUUUUUCUUGUCUCGUCAACUUUGACUCUUGGAUUUGUGACGAUACACACCUUUUCAAUGGUGAUAGCUUUCAAUGGAUAUGCAGAGCAGAAGAGAGUAGAUCAACUAUUUGUUCCUAUAGUUCAUCUUGCGGCAUCACUGCUGACUCUUGUAAACCUCAUACCGGGUGGUUGUCUAGUUGGAAUUCCACUUGUUUACUUUGUUGCUUUUUUGACUUUACUGCACUGCGGGAAAAUGGUGUGGAGGAGACUUCAUGAGAACUAUAGCAGGAUAGAAGUCACUGAGUGAUCAACUUCUGCAAUGAUAGGAUGCUUGAAAAGCUAAAACUGGGAUGCAGCUUGUACCAAAAAGUGGAGCCUUGGCCACUGGGGUGGUUUUUCUGUACUUUUAAGCUAAAAGAUGGAUAGUACUAGCUAGACAUUGAAAAAAUCACACCACUGCACUGGUGAUGAAUUUCAUGUGGAAUUACUAAGGAUUUGGUAAAAUAAAUAAAUACACCAUUUAUCUCCA